AUGAAAUCAAGCGUCACGGGAGAGGUUUCCGACGUGAGUUACGGCAGGGCGGGUUACGAGUCCACGUCUGACGUCUGGGUGGCGCAUCGCAAAUCAUGGGGUAUGCCGCCAAAGAGAAAGGCAGAGGCAGCCGUGUACGGCGCGUUGAAGGCAGAGAGGUCUUCGCGCGCGUCAACGCCGGGUGCCGCCACGCCUCGCUGCCUCGAUAGCACCGAUGAAGUUGAGGAGGAUGACGAGCCGGUCGACGCGGUCCUCGAGCGCGACAGCGACAAAACCAUCGACUUGUUCUCCCUAGAUCAUUUUCAGAAGAGACAUGCCGUUCGAGAGCUGCUCCCGCACAUUUCUGGCGACCGUGACUUCUCGGACCCGGUCCUCAAAAAGGAUCACCAGUACCAACUAGCGCAUGAUUUCCUGACCAUGGCCGAAUCGCUCUCGAGACCGAUGUUCAUGCACGAGCGCGCCCUCGCAACGCAUAGUUUACACGUCGCUGUCUCCGUCGGCAUCGGCAUCGGCAUCUCUCCCUCUCCCACCGAAUGCCCUGGAGUGUUUUCUCAAGACGCCCCUGCUGACGAGAUUCGAUCAUUCAUCACGAGUUGUACACAGAGUCAUGGGAGAGUCAAGCUUGUGUUGAAGAACACCAAGCAAAAUGGCUUGUCUCAAGGUCUUGAACAGCAAAACGACCAGGCCGUGAGCGAAGGCGACGUCUUCUUGAACACCCUCAAUGAAGAGGACGACGAUGAUCAAGAGGUUACGCACUCAUUCGAAGUUGCUGGCAAGGAUGUAGAACUGUCCGAAAGGAAUGUCUGA